CGUCGUCGACUCCGAACUCCGACGGAACCAAAUCUCUCCCCCGCUAGUGACCUCGCUCUCCAGCCACUUUCCCCUCUUCCGGUUUCGUUCUGAAUUCGUCGUCUGAUAUUUCCACGCUCCGACUCACGUCCCCUCUGAAGUUCCACUCCGAUUGCAGUUUCAGGCCUUAAUAGGGUAAGAGCUCUGUGCUUGUCAAAGUGACAUGUAAUCUGGUUUAUGCCAACGGAGAAUUCUUAUUUUUUUUAUUUUGAGUUGGGUUAAUGGUGAAACGAAGAGCUAAGAGCACUGUCAAACAAACUCCAAAAUCACCUGAGCACUUAGGUGAUGGUGUCACCAAGAAGUGUCAAAAUGAGAAGAAAGAUGUGCCAUUGAUAUAUUGGGAAGUUGAAAGGCAAAUAGCUGCAAUUAGGGGUGUACGUGAUGUGGAGAUAGAACAUAUGCUGAUUUUACUGCAUUUGCUACGCAGCUAUGCUCAUAUUUUAGUAAGGAGCAGCAGCAGACCCCCGCAUUGCAAUUUUUCAAGGAAAAUAUUCCAAAUGUGUCAGUUGUCAAGAAUGAAGGAAAUGGAGAGUUUGAUAGGCGGUGGGAAAAUGAAAGCUGUAUUUUAUCCACGAACCAUUUAGAUGGAACAGCCGUACAUGCUUCUUUUCUACAUGCUUCUUUUCUACGUCGUUUGCCCAUGGCUUAUCCUCACUGCUCUGGUAUUCCAUCUUUUGGUGGCUUUGAGUUAUCAUCGAGCAGAGCAGGAAGUAGAAAUUUUGCAUUUUGGUUUUCGGUGGUUUGAAGCUUUAUUGGAAUUUGGUUUGAUUUUUGAAAAUGGUUUUAUCUGAAAUGAGUUGCUCCAUUAGUGGCAGUGAGAACAAGCCUUCUUGGUGCUGAUAAUCUGCAAAUCAAGGACCUUGUAUGUUAUCUUCGUCUGCAUCUGGAACUUGGAAAAUACAAUGAUCCAGAAAUUGUUGCCUCGUGCUUUCCAAGCACCGAAUGGCACUUUAAAGCUACUCCUUUUAAUGGGUGUUUGGAUCUUCUAGUUUUGUUAAUGUUUUGCAAUUAGCGAGACACUUUAAUUUUCCCUUCUUACAUUAUGUUUCCUUUGGGGAUGUUGCCAUAGAAAAUAUAGUUCUAUCAUGGUG